AUGGAGAUUUCGGAGAAGAUUGAUCUUGCAGCCGAAGCCCUCAGUCUCAUGGAUCUGUCGUCUCAAAACGACAAUCAAUUUUCAGGAAAUCAAUCAGAACCAAAAACAUGUGAAUUUUCAGGAGUUAUGGGUCCUAAAAUGGAAGUGAACUGUACUCUUGGAAUUGACGUGGAUGACCACAUGCCUGAACUCUGCGAAUCAACUGAUCUUGAAAAAGCGCAAAGAAAUGGAAGGUGUAAUUUGCGUAAAAGUUUAGCAUGGGAUAGUGCCUUCUUCAGUAAUGCAGGUGUUCUAGACCCAGAAGAAUUGUCCACCAUGAUUAAAGGAGCUGAAAAGGAUAAAAAUCAUUUAUUACCUGGAAUUGAAGAGGAAAUAAGGAAUUCUAUUGAUUCGAUAUCCACUCUUGAAAAUGAUAAUUUUACAGUGGAAUCUCUUGAGGAUGACUUGUUUGUAGACAUCAGAGCUUCCAUCCAAAGAUCCAGUAAAAAAAAGCCCAAUGCAACAAAUUAUAUCAGUCAGUCAGCAACCAUGGAGAUAGAUAACCAAGCUAUUUCAACUUUGAAGAAGGAAAGUCUUGCUUCUCAAAAUAAGCUGCACUCGGAACCAGCUUUAAAGAAUACUAGCAGACAAACUAUUAGGAUGCCAAAAUGUCAGCCAAAACAAAAUGUUGGGACGCAAGGAUCAGGAAAAGUGGUCAAGCAGGAUUCUGGCCAUUUGCAAGUAACCCAGUCUCUUACUAAGAUUAACGAGUCAAGUUCAUUACGUCCUAAGCCACCGAAGGCUAUCAGCAGGGCUACACUCACUUCAACAUCAGCAGCAAAGAGGGAUUCCAUGGGUAGUAGUCGUGUCAAAUCUGAAAUCGGAAGCUCAAAACUCACUAGUGUUUCUAACAGAGGGAGUCAGGCAUCAAAAGUUCCGGUCUUAAGUGGUGCCAGAAGGGUAUUGCCAAAGCCUGCACCAUCGUCCAAGUCCUCUUCUUUGGGGUCUUCAACUACAAGCAAGGUGCUGUCUACAAGGUCCUCCACUUCAAGUGAUAGCUCUGAUAGUAUGUUGUCUAAAACCACUGCUAAAUCUCCAUUAACGACUGUAAGAAGAAAUCCAGUGAAGAGUAGCACCAUUAGACCAGCUUCCUCUGGUUCCAUUCCUAAAACACCCUCAAAAGGACUGAAGAAUAAACCACCACCAUCCACUCUUUCAGCUUAUAUGAGGUCAACUAAGAUAUCCUCAAGUGUAACACCAGCUAGUUCUAUUAGUGAGUGGUCUUCAGCAUCAUCAUCAUCUUCUUCAACAGUCUACCAAAGGUCUAGUAACUCCAGGAACAGCCUAGAUAUCAGUUCCUGUCCAUCUGUGGAUGAUAGCGUCAUUCCUUUGGGUCUGAGGAAUCACUCUACUGAUCGAAUUGCAGAUGAACGUGAAAGUAAGGAAACUGCUUUACCUGGUAGGAAUCUAGAUAAAUCCUCUAAACAAAGUGGUACCCUCCAGGCUCCUGCGAAACCAUCAGGACUUCGAAUGCCAUCUCCAAAAAUUGGGUUCUUUGACGGGUCAAAGUCAUUGGUUCGGACUCCUAAUGGAACUCCGCGCACUCACUCUGGCAUGCUAACUAAGAGUGGAGCUGCUAUCUGCAGUCCAAAAGGGAGCUCAAACAUAAAGCCAAAGAAUGGGAAGUUUCCAACAGCUAGAGCAGUAUCUUCUUUGGCAAAUGUAAAGCCUGAUUUUCCAAAAGCUAGGUCUCCAGCAUCCUUUCCACAAAGAUCGUGCGCAUCGACAAAUGAUUCUUGUUCUUUAACAGAUGUAGAAGAUUCUCCUAGCUUAUCUCCUGAAGCACAAGGAAAAAGAAGUGGAGAAAAAAAUUGGAAAUCACAAAAAGUUCAUGCCAAAGGGUCAGAUGGAAAUAAGCAAGUUAUAGAUGCAGAUAUUGGCGUCGUUAUGAAUAUGAGUGUAGGUGACUUGAUUGAUGAAGCAGCCUUCAAAAUGCAUAGAAAUAUGGGCACGGGAGAUAUCAAGAUUGUUCCUGUUGAAGAUAAUAAUGCUUUGGGCUCUAAAAGUAAUGGGCAGAGAGUGGAUAAAGAUGUAUUGGACGACCAAAAUCAUCUGAAGUGUUCACAUUCAAUUUGCAAAGAGAAUGAAGAUCAACGAGAGUUAAGUGAACCAAAGAAAGAUGUAAACACAAAUGCUUAUAGCCAAAAGGAUGAACCUUUAUCUGAUAUAUCAGACUCUGCUUCUGUCUCUUUCCCUGCAACAGCCUCUACAACUGCAGCCAGCAGAGCGCCAUUUACUCUCAAGGAUUCGUUUUACAAUAGUGAAUGUCCUGAUUUCUCUAAAGAAUCAGCUGAACAACUUGUCGAAAAGUUUCACGCUCAGCAUCUUUGUUCCUCAGAGUGUAUGAUGGUCGAAGAGGGGUACCUGGAGAGUAAGUUUUGUUCAGAGGAUGAUAAAGAGGCCUCAACAGAACAGAAGGGAAAUUUUAUACAAAAUUGCAUAUGA